AUGGUGUUAGGUGGCGAGAGCAGUGGGAGAAACUACGUCUCUUACUUAACUGAGAUGAAGAGAUUAGAAAUCCUAACACCACCACCUUCAAUAUCCUCCUCCUUAAACCCUUUAGGAGACUCAUUGCAACCAAUCCUUCCAUUUGAAAUCAUGGAGGAAAUUUUGUGCAGGCUUCCAGUGAAGUCCCUUGCACAAUUUUGUUGCGUAUGCAAGUCUUGGAAUUCCCUCAUUUCUGAUCGCAAAUUCACCAAAAAGCACCUCUAUCGGUCAUCAAUGAAUCCCACCCGCCAUCGCCUUAUUUUCAGCCCGUCUCGCUUUCUACAUUUCGUUCGCACGUCUUUCCCUCAUGCUUUCAUUUCCAACCAUGUUACCGAGGACACUGUGCGCUUGGACCACCCUCUCAACAAUCCAUACAGUGAUUCAAUCAUUGUUGGAUCUUGCGACGGCAUCUUAUGUAUCACUAUCAAUCCACAUGACAUCGUUUUAUGGAAUCCUUCCAUUCAGAAAUCUAAGAAAUUGCCCACCUUGGAAGAGCCUAGCUACAUAAGAGACUACUUUAAUCACACUGUAUAUGGGUUCGGUUACGAUCAUGUGGCUGACAAUUAUAAGGUGAUUGCAGUUUCCCCAUAUGUUUGUGAAGCCAAAAUUCAUACUUUGGGCACCGAUUCCUGGAGAAGGAUUAACAAUUUUCCUUAUUUUUCAAGUGAAGAAUCAGGUAAAUUAGUGAGCAGCACACUUAAUUGGUUCUCUGGUGUUUCUCUGAAUAUUAUUUCUUUUGAUUUGGUGAAGGAGUGUUGUCAAGAACUCUCCCCACCUGAUUAUGGAGGAAAACAUGUUAUUGUGACGUUGGGGGUGUUGAGGGAUUGCUUGUGCAUCUUUUCUUAUGGUUUCACUUUCUCUGAAAUUUGGAUCAUGAAUGAGUAUGGAAAUAAAGACUCUUGGACCAAAUUAUUCAGUGUUCCUGACAGCUUUGAUCUAUGCACCAGGGUGCUUUAUUUUUAUGAGGAUGAUGAAGUAGUCCUUGAAUACAAUUCAAAUUUGACUAUUUAUAACUACAGAAAUGGUGCGUCUAGGAGUCCUGAUACUGAGUACAACACAAGAAUUUUGGAAUGGAUGGUCCCACAACGCUACAUUGAGAGUUUAGUAUCACCUUGUCCGUGA